UUUCGGAUUAGGUUUCUAAACCCUAAACAAAAAACAAAGAGCUUCACUUCUCAGCUUCUUCCCUGUCUCUGGCAACCAGCAUCAACAACUUCCGCCGAAUCGGCAUCGGAAACGAAGAGAUGGCGGAGUACGAUCUGACACCGCGGAUGGCUCCAAAUCUCGACAGACAUUUGGUAUUCCCUCUCUUAGAGUUUCUCCAAGAGAGACAGUUAUACGACGAUAACCAUAUCCUCAAGGCCAAGAUUGAUCUCUUGAACAACACUAACAUGGUUGAUUACGCCAUGGACAUUCACAAGACACUCUACCAUACCGAAGAUGUUCCUCAGGAUAUGGUCGAACGUAGGGCUGAUGUUGUCGCUCGUCUCAAGUCUCUUGAAGACGCUGCCGCUCCUCUUGUUGCUUUCCUUCAGAAUCCUGCCGCUGUUCAGGAGUUGAGAGCUGAUAAGCACUACAAUCUCCAGAUGCUCAAUGACAAAUACCAGAUUGGUGCUGCACAAAUAGAGGCAUUAUACCAAUAUGCAAAGUUUCAGUUUGAAUGUGGAAACUACUCUGGUGCUGCUGACUAUCUUUAUCAGUACAGAGCAUUAUGCACAAAUAGUGAAAGGAGUUUGAAUGCAUUGUGGGGAAAGCUGGCAGCUGAAGUAUUGAUGCAAAACUGGGAUAUCGCUCUUGAAGAGCUCAACCGCUUGAAGGAAAUAAUUGACUCAAAGAAUUUUUCAUCACCUAUUAAUCAGGUGCAAAGCAGAAUAUGGUUGAUGCAUUGGAGUCUGUUCAUCUUUUUCAACCAUGACAAUGGAAGAACACAAAUCAUUGAUCUGUUUAACCAGGACAAGUAUCUUAACGCAAUCCAAACUAGUGCUCCACACCUUUUGCGAUACUUGGCCACAGCAUUUAUUGUCAACAAGCGCAGGAGGCCCCAAUUCAAAGAUUUUAUAAAAGUUAUUCAGCAAGAGCAGAAUUCAUACAAGGACCCCAUCACCGAGUUUCUGGCUUGUGUUUAUGUCAACUAUGACUUUGAUGGCGCACAAAAGAAGAUGAGGGAGUGUGAAGAAGUAAUUCUCAAUGAUCCGUUCCUUGGUAAACGAGUUGAAGAAAGCAACUUCUCAACUGUACCACUAAGGGAUGAGUUCCUUGAAAAUGCUAGGCUAUUUAUUUUUGAGACAUACUGUAGAAUACACCAACGCAUUGACAUGGGAGUUCUUGCUGAGAAGCUAAAUUUGAAUUAUGAGGAGGCUGAGAGAUGGAUUGUGAAUCUCAUUCGUGGCUCAAAGCUUGAUGCCAAAAUUGACUCUGAAACUGGGACUGUUAUCAUGGAACCUAAUCAUCCGAAUGUGUAUGAGCAGCUGAUAGAUCAUACCAAGGCCCUUAACGGUCGUACUUACAAAUUGGUCACUCAGAUUCUGGAACACUCACAAGCUCAAGUAGCUCGUUAAACUGUCUAGGUAAACCAAGGAGAGCAUCUGUUAUAGGUUUUUCCUCAAUGCAUCAAAUUGUUUUUUUGGUAUUUAGAUUGCAUACAAAUUCAUGGGUUGUAACCUUACUUGAAGGUUGUUUUUCUGAUAAUUCCUAUUGUUUUAACUGUCAAUCUAGAUGUUUAGUAUAUUUUUAGUUACCAUUUUGUUUAAUACAUUUACCAUGAAUUUCCUCA